UGUGCGAAGCGCUCAGAAAACUGCGCACGGAACGCACCGACACAAUUCGAUUCGACGGGGAAAAUUCUCACAAGACGCGCGUUUUCCAAACUCGCAAAUACUCAGUUUUUCUAGAGUGCGACGCCUUUCGGUUUCGGUUUUUUCGAGUGCAUAAUUAUUUUACUCUGUAUACUCAAUGAUAUUGACUUGUCAAUAGCAGCUGUAGAAACAACAAAAACACGAAAAACGCGAUAAGAUAAAAAGCGCAUAAUUAAAAGUAUUUUUUGCUGCAAAAUGAAUUAAAGGAGAUCGUCGUGUUAAGAACGUUGUAAAAAAACACAACACAAUCGCAUAAAUAAUGCGAUCAAAAUCGGUGACACAGAACAACAACAACAACAACAACCAAAACAACAACGCCUGACAAACACGAAAGUGAAUAAAAUCCGAGUAAAUUGCAAUCGCGAGGGGAGACUCUCCUCCGUCCGAGAUGCCCAGAGUUGGCCAAGGACUGAGCCUGCUCCUGAUCCUGUGCCUGCUGCAGGGACUCCUCUUUCCGAGCUCCGCCUGGUUCUACGAUGCCGAAUCCGUUGGUGGAGUGGCCACCAUGGGAGUGGGUUCCGAUGAGCACAGCUUCAAGACCCCGGAGACCAAGACCUCGCACAAAUCCCAAAGCACCGAGUUGGUUCAGCACUUUCCCAGCCUUCCCACAUCCGAUGGAUACAUAGGCGCCAGGAGACAACUGGUUUUUGUGGCUUUGCUUCCUUCGGUGGAAUCAGACAACAAGAACGACUGCAUCAUGCCGAAGGUGCUGCCCGUUUUGGAGCUGGGCAUCCGACAUAUCCAGCGGUUGGGAUUCGUGGGCGGCAGCCACUUCGACAUCCAGCUGAUUUCCCGGGACACCUUCUGCUCCUCCAAGUACGGACCCAUUGGAUUUUUCGAGAUCUACACCCAAUGGCCGGAGGUCAAUGCGGUUUUUGGUCUUCCCUGCGAAUAUGUAUUGGCUCCCAUAUCGCGUUAUGCUGAUGUUUGGCAGGUUCCUGUUCUCACCACCGGUGGAAAUGCCAAGGAAUUCAAUAAGAAGUCCGAGAGUUACUCCACUCUGACAAGAUUAAAGGGAGCCCAGGUGAAUAACCUUGGCAAUGUGGUGCGAGCAAUCCUCAAUAGCUUCAAUUGGACGCGAACCGCACUGAUCUACCAGAACGAGAAUGCCAAGGUCAAGGGCAACUCGGUGUGCUUCCUCUGUCUGGCCGCCAUCCACGACACCAUCGAGGAGCACUCCGUUUACCAACUGGGUUUCGACACCUCCACUUGGACGAAGGCGGACAUCACGCGGAUGCUCAAGAACGUCGCCAUGCAGACGAGAAUUGUCAUAAUGUGCGCCGAUCCGCAGUCGAUACGUCAAAUUAUGCUGACAGCCGAGGAGUUGAAUAUGAUCGAUAGCGGCGAAUAUGUUUUCAUCAAUAUUGAAUUAUUUUCGCGGGUUCAAUAUCUGACGUCUCAGCCGUGGUACGAUAAGAACGAUACGGACCUAAACAAUGAGAGGGCCCAGAAGGCCUAUACAGCCAUGCUGACCGUAACUCCAAAGCAGCCGAAUGACAAUGAAUACACAAGGGUCUCCAAUGAGAUCAAAGCAAUUGCCGCGGAGAAGUACAAUUACACAUUUAGCGACAAUGAACCCAUCUCGGCAUUUGUCACCUCGUUCUUCGAUGGAGUGCUCCUCUAUGCAAAUGCCUUGAACGAGAGCAUCCGGGAGGAUCCCACGAUGCUCACCCGUCCAAUCAACGGCACCGAUAUGGUGCGUCGCAUGUGGAACCGCAGCUUCACUGGAAUCACCGGCAACGUGACCAUCGAUGCCAACGGAGACCGGUUGUCCGCUUACUCGCUGCUGGACAUGAAUCCCACCACGGGAAGAUUUGAGAUCGUGGCCCACUUCCUGCACAACCGGCUGGAGUUCGAGGCCAACAAGGAGAUCCACUGGGCGGGGGAUCGAGAGGAGGCUCCGCCGGAUCGACCCAGUUGCGGCUACGAUGGCGCCCUGUGCCCUGAUAAUUCUCUUCCCGGUUAUGCAAUCCUGUCGAUUGUGCUGGGAACCAUGGUGGUGGUGAUGGCCGUGUGCUUCUUCUUCGGCUACCGACACUACAUCGCCGAGGCGGAGAUCAACUCGAUGAGCUGGAAGGUUUCGCUGGAGGACGUGAUGUUCCGGGAUGCGGCGGAGCGAGGACUGCGCGGCUCCUUCCAUUCGCUGGUGAAGCAGAGCUCCCAGCUGACCCUGAUGUCCGAGGACAUGGUGUCCAUCAACGGAGACCGCCAGAUCUUCAUACCCGUGGGAAUGUUUCGCAAGAGCAAGGUGGCCAUUAAGCCAGUGGAGGUGGACAAUGUGCAGGCUCUGCUCACGCGAAGUUUGAUGCUCGAGCUGAAGCGGAUGAAGGAUCUGCAGCACGACCAUUUGGUCAAGUUCUAUGGUGCCUGUCUGGACCAGAGACGCAGCUUCCUCCUGACAGAGUAUUGCCCCAAGGGUUCGCUGCAGGACAUCCUGGAGAAUGAGCAGUUCCAGCUGGACUGGAUGUUCCGACUUUCGCUGAUGCACGACAUCGUGCGUGGGAUGCAGUUCCUCCACAGCUCCGACAUCCGCUCCCACGGCAACUUGAAGUCCUCCAACUGCGUGGUCGACUCCCGGUUCGUGCUCAAGAUCACCGACUUUGGACUGCACUCCCUGCGGCGGACGAGAUUCGACCUCGAGAGCGACGGAGGCAACUGCAACAGCCACGCCUACUGGAGCAAGCUCUUGUGGACUGCCCCCGAACUGCUGAGAGUGGAGCACAACCGAGCCCCCGAGGGAACGCAGAAGGGUGAUGUCUACGCCUUUGGAAUUAUUGUGCACGAGAUAACCACUCGACAAGGUCCCUUUUACCUGGGCAGGUGUGCGUACGAAAAGUCGCCGCAAGAAAUCAUUGAGUUGGUCAAGGGAUACCAUCCGCAGAGAAUGCAGAAGCCAUUCCGACCGGAACUCGAACCCAAUGGCGACACCAAGGCGGAUAUCAAUGGAAUCAUCAGGCGCUGCUGGGCGGAAGAUCCUGCCGACCGUCCGGAUUUCAACACCCUGAAGUCCAUGAUACGCAGGUUUAAUAAGGACAACGAGACAGGCAACAUCGUGGACAACCUGCUGAAGCGCAUGGAGCUGUACGCCAACAACCUGGAGGAGCUGGUGGAGGAGCGCACGCAGGACUACCACGAGGAGAAGAAGAAGUGCGAGAAGCUGCUCUACCAGCUGCUGCCACAAAGCGUGGCAGCUCAGUUGAUCAGCGGACAACCUGUGGUGGCGGAGACCUUCGACCAGGUGACGAUCUACUUCAGCGACAUCGUGGGCUUCACUGCGAUCUCGGCGGAGAGCACGCCCAUGCAGGUGGUGCAGUUCCUGAACGACCUGUACACCUGCUUCGAUUCCAUCGUGGAGAACUUUGAUGUGUACAAGGUGGAGACGAUCGGGGACGCCUACAUGGUGGUCUCCGGUCUGCCCAUUCGCAAUGGCAACCAGCACGCAAGGGAGAUUGCCCGUUUGGCAUUGGCUUUGCUGGAGGCGGUUCACAAUUUCCGCAUCCACCAUCGACCGGAGGAUCGACUGAAAUUGAGGAUCGGCCUGCACACCGGAGCCUGUGUGGCCGGAGUGGUGGGCCUGAAGAUGCCUCGCUACUGCCUCUUUGGCGACACUGUGAACACAGCCUCCCGCAUGGAGUCCAAUGGAGAGGCACUGAAGAUCCACAUCAGUGAGACUACCAAGGCGGCGCUGGACGAGUUCGGAACCUUUGUGACCACCCGUCGGGGUUAUGUGCCUAUGAAGGGCAAGGGCGAGAUGCUCACCUACUGGCUGGAGGGCGAGGUGCCCCGUCCCGACUCCCUGAUCUCGCCCAGCAAGCUGAUGCUGACGCGACGCUCCUCGCUGAAGCAACCGCAGCGCAGCCAGUCGCACCACCUGCACAAGCAGUACUCCGAGCUGAUGGUGGCCACGCCGCCACCACCCCAGCGGCCACCACCGGCGAUCGCAUUGCCAACGCCACCACCGGCGGUCCUCCCACCAUACGGAUGCAGGGAUUCGCCCAAUCUCCGCGUGAAGCGCAAGAUCAGCUCCAGUUCGCCCAAGCUGAAUGGUGGCGGUGGCUUCGACUAUCACAAGACUGAGAACCUCUAUCUGGACGCAUCGGCGGCGGCUGGUGGCCAAAGGAACUGCGACAUCUACAGCAGCCGCAGUUUGCGGGACACGGAGGAGGCUUCGGACAGCUGGGAGCUGGCCCACUUCCGGCUGCCGCUGAGCGGAGCACUCAAGAGCCACCAUCACCUGAACAACAACAAUAGCCACGGCUAUGUCCACUCGAAUUCCAGCUCCAAUCUGAGCGGCAUCCUGCAGCCACCGCCUGCAUUGUCCGGCCAAAGGAGUCGGCUGAAGCCCUCGCCCACGAUCUCAACGCUGCUGACGAACGCCCGGAACGAGGUGAACGCCUCGCCGGGUCCGGAAACGGGCAGCAUGGGCAGUGGCCAGCUGCGGAUCAAGUUCGCCGAGGGCGACGAGGCUCCACUGCUGCCCGCGGUGGUGCAACCGCCACCUACACCGCCGAAUCCGAUUCCGGUUCCGAUUUCGAUUCCGGCUGCUGCUGCGAUGCCCCAGCUGGUGAAUGCUACCAGUCCGCAGCGGAGUGCCAGUGGCCAGAACAUUCCGGCGGACAGCAACCACUACGGCUAUCUGGUGAAGAGCUACAAGCAGCAGUGCCCACCGGUUUCGGGCAGUGCCGUCACCCAGCCGCUGCUGGCCAAGAUCAACUCGUAGUUGUAAGACGCGGGGGAGCAGGAGCAGAAGUGCACUCCCUCGACCCCGUAAACAUAUGCAUAUUAAGUGUACUUGUUUGUGAUAAUAAGUUAAACCCAAGUUGAACAAGUUAGUGGUUAGUCGACAGUCGACCGAAUCAAAUUCGAAAUUCGUACGGGAACUCUUCUAAAAUGUUUCGUAGUUUUUAAACGACCUUUUUCCCCUUAAUCAUAAGUAGCGAAUUUUACAUGUUAAAAUGGAAAACAAACCUCAAAACAAAAAACACUCGAUGUAAAUAGCAAUUUACUCCAAAACAAUUUGUUCCUUGUGCUUUGAAUAUUCACUCUCUCCAAACUCAGACAAUUAGUUUAGAGUAGUUAUUAACUAAUGAUAAGCGUAGGCCAUUUGUGAAAAUUUCUUAUAUGUAAAGUAUUAGACGAACAUGAAUAUUUAUUUUAAAAUUUGACGAAUAAAGAAAUCUAUAUAUACUAAGCAUGCA